AAUUCAUAAUAAAAUUUUAUUGCAAUAAGGUAAUAAGGUAAAUUUUAUUGCAAUAAGGUAAUAUAUUUUCUUAUUAGAAACGCAACAUCCCAUAAAUACAAAUUUCCCUUUCUCCAACCCCCACACCCUCUGAUUUUUCCAUUAUAUAUAGAUAUAGAUAUAGAUAUAUAUAGAAUCGAAGAAAACAAAACACAAUAUUCACCUUUCUCUCAGCUACACAUUAUCUUCACACUAUCUUCUCCGGCCACCUUCCAUCCAUGGCGGAUUCCACCACCACCGCCCACAUCGUCAUCAUCCCUACUCCAGGCAUGGGCCACCUCAUCCCCUUAAUACAAUUCUCCAAGAAACUACUCCACCACCACCCCUACUUCUCCGCCACUUUCCUCAUCCCAAAUCACGGCCCCCCUCCCUCCGCCGCCCAGAUAACCCUUCUCUCCACCCUCCCUUCCGCCGUCGACUACCUCCUCCUCCCCGCCGUCACAUUCGACGACCUGCCGCCCUCCGACGACGUCAAGAUCGAAACGAUCAUCUCCCUCACCGCCGUACGCUCCCUGCCGUCGAUUCGCGCCGCCGUCAAAACCCUGAUCGACGGCGGCAAAAAGAUCGCCGCCUUCGUCGUCGAUCUCUUCGGCACCGACGUCUUCGAAGUUGCUUCUGAAUUUAAUAUUCCUCCGUACAUAUUCUACCCCUCCACAGCUAUGGCUUUAUCUCUCUUCCUUCACCUGCCGAAGCUCGACGAAACGGUGUCGUCUGAGUACAGAGAAGUGGCGGAGAAACUGCUGAUUCCGGGUUGCAUCCCGGUCCACGGGAAGGAGCUACUCGACCCGGUUCAGGACAGAAAAAAUGACGCCUACAAAUGGCUUCUUCAUCACUGCAAGAGGUAUAGAAUGGCCGAGGGCAUAAUCGUCAAUAGCUUCAGAGAACUAGAGCCCGGCCCGAUUCAAGCUCUGCAAGAAAAAGAAAGUGGCAACCCGGUUAUCUACCCAAUCGGGCCCUUGAUCCAAACCGGUUCAAGAAAACCGGAGGAGGAUAACUCGGAGUGUUUAAGGUGGUUGGAUGAACAACCUAGUAACUCGGUUUUGUACGUCUCGUUUGGGAGUGGUGGGACCCUCUCUCAUGCUCAACUAAUUGAACUUGCUCUCGGAUUGGAAAUGAGUGGGCACAAAUUUCUAUGGGUGGUUAGAUGCCCAAACGACAAAUCUCUGAACGCCACGUAUUUCGAUAUCCGAAAUUCCGACGACCCUCUAGCUUAUCUGCCCGAAGGGUUCCUGGACAGGAUUGGGGCCCGCGGAAUGGUCCAACCGCUGUGGGCCCCGCAAGCCCAGAUCCUGGCCCAUAAGUCGACAGGGGCGUUCAUGUCACACUGCGGGUGGAAUUCUGCGCUCGAGAGCGUGGUUAAUGGGGUACCGUUGAUCGCUUGGCCGUUGUACGCGGAGCAGAGAAUGAACGCGGUGAUGCUACAUGAGGAUGUUAAGAUUGCGUUGAGGCCGGAAGUUGGUGAAAGUGGAUUAGUGGAGAGAGUUGAGAUUGCGAAGGUUGUGAAGUGUUUGAUGGAAGGGGAAGAAGGAGAUGGGGUUCGGAAUCGAGUGAGAGGUUUAAAGAAUGAUGCUGAAAAGGUGCUUAGUGAGAAUGGCUCUUCAACUAUUUCAUUAGGUGAAUUGGCUAAUAAGUGGAAGAGUACUAUUGUGUAGUUAAUGACUUAAUGUAAAUCAAUCACAUUAUGAAGUUAAUUAGUGGUUGUCUUUAAAUGGAAGGGAUCGGAUCAUAGUAUUUUACAUGAUAAAAAGGUUAUAGAUGCCUAAUUAAUCUAUGUUGUUGCU